AUGUUGGAAAAAGUGGAGGAGAAAAUUCUGAUCGACGCGGCGACGAAGGCGGCAGUUCCGGAAGGAAUCUCCAAGAAGGAAGCCAAGGCGGAAAUUGUGUGUGGAGAGGAGGUGCGACUCAAGACGGAGCUCGGGGAGAUGAAGUCACGAUCUCCGACAACUCCAAUCGCCAAGAUAAGGAGCUCAAAGAUACAUUUGUCGGAGUUUAGCGGCAGGCUCCACCAGUGA